AUGCCAUCGCCUACUUGUUGUGCGCAGGCGGGCUCGAUUUGCCCGAUUGUAUCUGUCGAUGACCCUCUUCGUCCACUCCCCAGCCCAUCCACUCUCUCGUCUAGUCACAUUUUAUCCGGUCGGUGUAUCGCACCGAAGCAGAUUCGCCCCGAAAAUGUCGACAGGGGACCACUUUUCCGGGACAUGGAGCGAAGUGGAGGUGGUAAGUUGACCGAUGCGGCUCGAGGCAACAUGGGCAGAAUAUAA